AUCUUCGACCGGGAGCUGUGCUGCCGCCAGCUGCGCUACUCAGGCAUGAUGGAGACGAUCCGGAUCCGUCGGGCCGGAUACCCGAUCCGGCACACCUUCCAGGAGUUCGUCGAGCGCUACCGCUUCCUCAUCAGCGGCUGCCCGCCGCCGCACAAGGUGGACUGCCGUGCGGCCACGGCCAAGAUCUGCCAGGAGGUGCUGGGACGCUCCGACUACCAGCUGGGCAAGAGCAAGGUGUUCCUGAAGGACUCGCAGGACCUCUUCCUGGAGCAGGAGCGCGACCGCGUGCUCACCAAGAAGAUCCUCAUCCUGCAGCGCUCCAUCAAGGCCUGGUACCACCGGCGCAGGUUCCUGCGCAUGCGCUCUGCGGCGGUGACGAUCCAGCGCGUGUGGCGCGGCCACGCCCAGAAGCGCGCCUACCAGCACAUGCGCGUCGGCUACAUGCGGCUGCAGGCGCUCAUCCGCUCGCGCGUGCUCUCGCACCGCUUCAAGCACCUGCGCGGUCACGUGGUGUCGCUGCAGGCGCGGUGCCGGGGGUACCUGGUGCGGCGGGAGUUCAACCGUCGCAUCUGGGCCACCACCACCAUCCAGGCGCACGCGCGCGGCAUGAUCGCCAGGCGACGCUACAAGAAGAUGAAGGUGGAGUACCGAGCGCGACUGGAGGCCAUGCGCCUGAGGGAUGAGGAGGAGAGCGCCCUGAGGCGCCAGGUCGGCCAGAAGAGGGCCAGGGAGAUGGCUGAGGGCAAUUUCAGGGAGCGGCUGCAGGAGCUGGAGCGGCGCGAGCAGGAGGAGGAGCUGGAGGAGCAGCGCGGCCGGGACGCAGUGCGCGUCACGCUCAGCGAGGCCGAGCGACGCCAGUUGGAGCCCAUCGACGACUCCAAGCUGGUGGACGCCAUCUUCGAGUUCCUGCCGCAGGACGGCAACGGCGAGACCGCGCCCUCCAACGCCUUCGGGGGCUUCCCGACGCUGCCCAAGGGUCCAGCGAACGGCGAGGUCAUCUCGGCACUGCCAGAAGCGCCCGAGGACGUCGAGGACCUGAGCGAAUUCAAGUUCGCCAAGUUCGCCGCCACCUUCUUCCAGGGCAACGUGGGCCCGCAGUACUCGCGCAAGGCGCUGAAGCAGUCGCUGCUGCCGCUGCAGACGCAGGGUGACCAGCUGGCGGGGCUGGCACUCUGGAUCACGAUCCUCCGCUUCAUGGGCGACAUGCCCGAGCCCAAGUACCACACGAUGGACCGCGACACGACGUCCGUCAUGUCCAAGGUGACGGCCACGCUCGGCAGGAACUUCGUCAAGACCAAGGAGUUCCAGGAGGCGCAGAUGAUGGGCAUGGAGCAGGAGAUGCUGGCGGCGGCGGCCGAGGGCUUCGCCGGCGGGGAGUACCUCAAGUCCAAGCCACGCUCCAUCCGCAACAAGCUGGUAUCGCUGACGCUGAAGCGGAAGACCAAGCUGGGCGAGGACGUGCGUCGCAAACUGGAGGAGGACAGCUACACCACGGAGAGCUACACCUCGUGGCUAGAGUCGCGGCCCACCUCCAACUUGGAGAAGCUGCACUUCAUCAUCGGUCACGGCAUCUUGCGCGCCGAGCUGAGGGACGAGAUCUACUGUCAGAUCUGCAAGCAGCUGACCAACAACCCGUCCAAGUCGUCGCACGCGCGCGGCUGGAUCCUGCUCUCGCUGUGCGUGGGCUGCUUCGCGCCCUCCGAGAACUUCGUCAAGUACCUGCGCUGCUUCAUCCGCGAGGGGCCGCCCGGCUACGCGCCCUACUGCGACGAGCGGCUGCGGCGCACCUUCACCAACGGCACGCGCAACCAGCCGCCCAGCUGGCUGGAGCUGCAGGCGACCAAGAACAAAAAGCCGCUGAUGCUGCCGAUCACCUUCAUGGACGGCAACACCAAGACGCUGCUGGCCGACUCGGCGACCACGGCUCGCGAGCUCUGCAACCAGCUGAGCGACAAGAUCGGGCUCAAGGACCAGUUCGGCUUCUCGCUCUACAUCGCCCUCUUCGACAAGGUGUCGUCGCUGGGGUCGGGCGGUGAUCACGUGAUGGACGCCAUCUCCCAGUGUGAGCAGUACGCCAAGGAGCAAGGAGCUCAGGAGAGGAACGCCCCCUGGCGGCUCUUCUUCAGGAAGGAGAUCUUCGCGCCGUGGCACGACCCCGUCGAGGACAACGUGGCGACGAACCUGAUCUACCAGCAGGUGGUGCGCGGGGUCAAGUUCGGGGAGUACCGCUGCGACAAGGAGGAGGACCUGGCGAUGAUCGCGGCACAGCAGUACUACAUCGAGUUCAGCUCGGACAUGAACCAGGAGCGGCUGGUCGGCCUGCUGCCCAACUACAUCCCCGACUACUGCCUCAACAGCAUCGACAACACCGUCGAGAAGUGGGCGCAGCUUGUCCUUCAGGCUUUCAAAAAGAGCUACUACAUGAAGGAGAGAGCUCCUGCCCUGAAGGUGAAGGAGGACGUGGUCAGCUAUGCCAAGCUCAAGUGGCCGCUGCUCUUCUCUAGGUUCUACGAAGCCUUCAAAUACUCAGGCCCGAACCUACCCAAGAACGACGUCAUCAUCGCCGUCAACUGGACGGGUGUGUACGUGGUGGACGACCAGGAACAGGUGCUGCUGGAGCUCAGCUUCCCCGAGAUUACCCAGGUCUCCAGUCAGAAGACGAACAAGACCCAGCAGCAGACGUUCACGCUGGCGACCGUGCGCGGCGAGGAAUUCACCUUCACCAGCCCCAAUUCGGAGGACAUCAGGGACCUGGUGGUCUACUUCCUGGAGGGCCUGAAGAAGCGCUCACGAUACGUCAUCGCUCUGCAGGACUACAAGGCGCCCGGUGAGGGCAGCAGCUUCUUGAACUUCCGCAAGGGCGACCUGAUCCACUUGGAGGACGACAGCACCGGCGAGACGGUGAUGAACUCGGGCUGGUGCGUGGGCACGUGCCAGCGCGACGGCGGCCGCGGAGACUUCCCGGCAGAGACCGUCUACGUGCUGCCGGCGCUGACCAAGCCGCCCCCCGACAUACUGGCGCUGUUCGCGGCCGAGGGUGCUGAGCACGGUCGGAAGCUGUACACGCCGCAGCAGAACGGCACGGACCCGGCCGAGCGACCUCACACGCUCGAGGAGUACUCCAUCGACUACUUCAGGACUCCCACCAAGCGGACGAUGUCGCGCAGUCUGAUGAAGUCGGCGACGCGCAGCAACAGGGACGACCUGUGGCGCCACUCCCGGGACCCGCUGAAGCUGCCGCUGCUCAAGAAGCUGCAGAACAAGGAGGAGCUGUCGCAAGAGGCCUGCGCCGCCUUCACCGCCAUCCUCAAGUACAUGGGUGACCUACCCAGCAAGCGCAUGCGCAAUGGCAACGAGCUCACGGACGCCAUCUUUGACGGACCGCUGAAGCAUGAGAUUCUGCGGGACGAGAUCUACUGCCAGAUCAUGAAACAGCUGACGGACAACCGGAGUCGCCUGAGCGAGGAGCGGGGCCUGGAGCUGAUGUGGCUUGCCACGGGGCUGUUCGCCUGCAGCCAGACACUGCUCAAGGAGCUGACCCAGUUCCUGCGCACGCGCCGGCACCCGAUCGCCAUCGACUCGCUGCACCGGCUGCAGAAGACCCUGAAGACCGGCCAGCGCAAGUACCCGCCGCACCAGGUCGAGGUGGAGGCCAUCCAGCACAAGACCACCCAGAUCUUCCACAAGGUCUACUUCCCGGACGACACGGACGAGGCGUUCGAAGUGGACUCGUCCACCAGAGCCAAGGACUUCUGCCACAACAUCGCCCAGCGGCUGAACCUCAAGUCCAGCGAGGGCUUCAGCCUUUUCGUGAAGAUCGCCGACAAAGUCAUCUCAGUGCCGGAGGGUGACUUCUUCUUCGACUUCGUGCGGCACCUCACCGACUGGAUCAAGAAGGCCAAGCCGUCCCGGGACGGGACGAUACCACAGUUCACAUACCAGGUGUUCUUCAUGAAGAAACUGUGGACCAAUACAGUGCCCGGGAAGGACAAGAACGCCGAUAUCAUCUUCCACUUUCACCAGGAACUGCCAAAGCUCUUGAGAGGGUACCACAAGUGCAGCCGGGAGGAGGCGGCCCGCCUGGCGGCGCUCAUCUACCGCGUCCGCUACGGCGAGAGCAAGCAGGAGCUGCAGGCCAUCCCGCAGCUGCUGCGCGAACUGGUGCCGGCCGACCUGGCCAAGGGGCACAGCAGCGGCGACUGGAAGCGCAGCAUCGUGGCCGCCUAUAACCAGGACGCCGGAAUGAGUCCUGAGGACGCCAAGGUGACCUUCUUGAAGAUCAUCUACCGGUGGCCGACGUUCGGAUCGGCGUUCUUUGACGUCAAACAGACGACCGACCCCAACUACCCGGAGCACCUGCUGAUCGCCAUCAACAAGCAGGGCGUCAGCCUCAUACACCCGCAGACCAAGGAUGUACUGGUGACGCAACCCUUCACCCGCAUCUCCAACUGGUCGUCGGGCAACACAUACUUCCACAUGACCAUAGGCAACCUCGUGCGCGGCUCCAAACUGCUGUGCGAGACCUCACUCGGCUACAAGAUGGACGACCUGCUGACCUCGUACAUCUCGCUGAUGCUGAACAACAUGAAUAGGCACAAGAGUCUGUCGCGGGUGAAGUGAGCGCCAGGCGCCGCUCGCGAGGGUGUCAUUCGUGGCGCAGCUGACGGCGCGCCGGUCACGUGCCGCGCAGGCGCGCCCGCCGGGCCGGUCACGUGGUGCGCAGCCCCGCGCACGCGCCCGCUCGGCCGGCACUGCAUUGUUGAUCAUGCCGUUAUUGUUUUACAUCGAUGAUUGAAUAUGAUCGGGUGGGGUCGCCCAAUGUGCCGCUCACUCUGCCCCCGCACGGCUGCGUGUCUGCGGAUCAGUUUGGAAGGGACGCAAUAGCAUGGCGAGGUGCUGACGGGAAGACCACACGAUCCCCUAGGCCGGGAGAGAGCGGGAGCCAGUCCGAGUGUUAGCUGACCCAUGCUAGGUUGUCGUGAAAGGCGGCGUGUAUUAUUUAACGCAGGUUGGUGGGCGCCUUCCUUGAUGUUUUUACUCUGACAACCCUACCAUUUCUGGCGUCGCUAAGUGUUUGACCUUCGCCUACCAAGGGAGAAGUGGUGGCAUGUAGCUGCGAGGGUAAACCUGGUGUGUCCCAGAUGUGCUGUUGUGUUCAUGGACUGCGGCCCUCCAUAUGCUUCUGCAAAUGUGCAGGAAGCAUUCCAGAUUUGUAGUGUGAGGUUCUUGCCUCUAGCCUGUCGUGCUUGAGUCUGUUUUUCCUUCGCCAACGAGGGACGUUGCUGCGAACGAUUUGAUUGGAUGAUACACUCCUUGUGCGUACUUGUUGAGAUUCUGGAACCCGAUAUUUUAAAUCGCGAAAACUGUGCGAAUGACAGCCAUGCAACUGCAGUAAACAUCGUGAACUGGUUGCUCUGGGUGGUUGUAACCCGUAUAGCUUAAUGACGCGGUUAAUGUGCACACUCCGGGGUAUGCUAGCCGCAAAGAUAUGGACCCAAACAAUCCAUUGCCAGGUAACAAUGAGCACCGUACGCCCGUGUACUCUUAUGAAAAUAAAAUGCAUUAUUGAG